CAGUGCGACUGAUGCGGGUAGUGAGCCAGAUGCUCGCUCGGUUAGCUAGCGGAGGUUAGCCGGGACGUGCUAACUUCAAAUCCAGAGGGGUUCACCUGCUGCACCUACACCACAACGCGGAUGUGGCCCCACUUCACUUCAGAGGAAGUGCGACGUCAGCAGGCUGCUGUGUGACUCAGUCGCUUGGAACCUGAUUUGCCCUGAAGUACACUUGGAUGCACGUGCACCGACUUCUCCUGAUGCACAGACUUCUGCUGACCCAUGCACUAAUCUCACACAUGUGCACGACCUCUGACACACACUGGCGAGCAACGGCAAACACAGUUGCUGACCCGUUCUGCACAUGCACAGGGUUACUGGGAACCGUACUGCAAACAUUGCCAUGCCUCUCCUCCCUUCUCUUCCACUCUUCACCGCUCCUCCCCUCUGCAUACCUCUGGAGCUGCACAGAACUUCUCGGCUCCUUCUGAAUUUUUUGUUUGUGCAAGUCACACUGAGGAACACCAGCGCUCUCCUUCUGAGCCACUGAGUCGUGCACAUUGAUCAGAUUUCAGCAUCCAUGGCCAUAGGAUACAAUGUAUGGAACUAAUUUUUGCCGUAUCUAAUUUUUGGAUGGAUUAAUCUCAUUGUAAUGAUGACCACUGCCUCCUCCUCAAUUAUUUGUGAUUUCCAGCCCAGAAUACAUUGGCCAACCGAGAUGUUCACUCAUUAAUUUUCUGGAUAUCUCGGGCUCCUCUACGGAUAUUACAUGCUCUAUUAGGAUAUUGGAAAAUACAACAUUGUGCUUAUAUCUAAAACACAAAAGUGGCAAUAAGGGAUAUACACCGACAUAUAUGUAUCCUGCGAACGAAAUGGCUCCAUUUAAGUCAAACCAGACGAUAAUGGAAGGUGAAGCAGAGGAGAGGGAAGGUUCUGAUCUCCCAGUGAAGAGAAAACCUAAGGACGACGAAGAAGAGAGUGAGCAGGAGGUGGAGGGCAGAGAUGUGCAGAUCCCUCUGCAUCGCUGGGUGAUGCACGGGGCAGUGAUGUUUGGACGUGAGUUCUGCUACGCCAUGGAAACAGCCCUGGUGACGCCCGUGCUGCUGCAGAUAGGCCUUCCUGAGCAAUACUACAGUUUAACCUGGUUCCUCAGUCCCAUACUCGGUCUCCUCUUCACACCCUUGAUCGGCUCAGCCAGUGACCGAUGCACUCUUCGAUGGGGCAGAAGACGACCAUUCAUUCUGGCCUUGUGUGUGGGUGUGCUGCUGGGAGUGGCCCUGUUUUUAAAUGGCUCAUUGCUAGGUCUUUCCCUUGGCGACAGCCUCAACAACCAGCCCAUUGGCAUCGUCCUUACUGUGUUAGGUGUGGUGGUGUUGGACUUCAGUGCUGAUGCCUCGGAAGGACCAAUCAGAGCUUACCUUCUGGAUGUUGCUGACACUGAGGAGCAAGAUAUGGCCCUGAAUAUUCAUGCCUUCUCUGCCGGGCUCGGUGGAGCAGUGGGCUACAUGUUGGGAGGCCUGGACUGGACUGGCACAGCUCUCGGCCAAACAUUUAAGUCACAGGAACAAGUUCUUUUCCUGUUUGCGGGGAUCAUCUUCAUUAUCUCGGUCAUACUGCAUAUGUUCAGUAUCCCUGAGCAAUCUUUCUCUCCAUCUUACCUGCUUAAAGUCACAGACAUUGGGGAUUCUACCAGCCAGUUGUCUUUUAGGCCUGUCGGCCACGCACCUUUACUUGAUGUGAUUGCAGAGGAGGAUGCUUCUGCUCAGGCCACAUCUCAGGAGAAUAACGAAUCAGACCCAGAAGAAAGCGAAAUGGAUUUCCUUACUAUGGAGAGAGUGCGAAGUAAAAGCGACUCAAUCUUAGCCAUGGCAGUGUCCACGAUCGAGCUGGAUCCUGACCUCCACCCAGAUACACAGCUUUUCCUUCCAGAGAUGCAUCACCUGAACUCAGAGCGUCAGGGAGAGCUAGAAUACGCUUUCAAGUCAUCAGACCCCAGAAUAUGUCCAUCGUCUCCACCUGGUGGAUCAUCCGCCCUGACUGACGUGACGAUCUUAGAACCAAAAUACCCUGAGCAAAAGGAUCCAACAAACGGUCCUGGUUCUCUCCGUCAGAGCAGUUCUGGCCAUGAGGGCUUACAUCAGAGACAGCAGGUCAAGGCUGCCAAUGGUAUCAAUACUUGCGUAUCCUCUCCUGAUCACACCAAUACAGAGAAAGGCCACGCCUCCAGUAAGCCCGGGACCCGCCCCCUGAACACAUCAGUUUCAUCGAGGCCACAUCGACACACCUUUUACAGACAGCCUUCCUUUACGUUCUCCUACUACGGACGAGUUGGAUCGCAGCGCUUUCGACUUCGACGGACGACACCUUCCAGCCCUCGGCAAAUCACCACCACCCGGAGUCUGAAUGACCUGAGUGAUCUCCAGGGCCACACGGACCGGAGAUUGUUGCAGCUGUCAGCCAGCAGUCUGUCGUCGGAGGGCUCAAGCAGUGAGGGAGAACCAGACAGGGGGACAACUGUUCGACUGCUGUGGUUGUCCAUGUUGAAGAUGCCAAGGCAGCUGUGGAGAUUGUGUAUAUGUCACCUCCUCACAUGGUUUGCCUAUAUAGCUCAAGCUGUGUUUUAUACUGAUUUCAUGGGACAAGUCAUCUUCCAAGGAGACCCCACGGCAGCAGCCAAUUCCACAGAGCUACAGAAUUAUCACAGAGGAGUGCAGAUGGGCUGCUGGGGACUGGUGGUCUACGCUGCUACUGCUGCUGUCUGCUCUGCCAUCCUUCAGAAGUACCUGGAUAAUUUUGAUCUGAGCAUCAAGGCCGUAUACAUCGUUGGAACUCUGGGAUUUUCAAUAGGAACUGCAAUAAUGGCGAUCUUCCCUAAUGUCUACGUUGCCAUGGUGAUGAUCAGCGGCAUGGGCAUCAUCUCCAUGAGUAUCUCCUACUGUCCCUAUGCAUUACUUGGGCAGUAUCAUGAAAUCAAAGAGUACAUUCACCACAGUCCAGCAAACACUCGAAGAGGUUUUGGUAUUGACUGCGCCAUCUUAUCGUGCCAGGUCUAUAUCAGCCAAAUUUUGGUUGCAUCGGCCCUCGGAGCUGUGGUGGAGGCAGUUGGCAGCGUGCGUGUCAUUCCUAUAGUGGCCUCUGGAGGCUCCUUCCUUGGCUUCCUUACGGCCUGUUUCCUUGUCAUUUAUCCCGAUACGGAGCCCAGCAGCUCGCCGCCGGACAAGGGUGUGGCGGAUUUUUCUGUAGAAUCGAAACAGAACGGAGAAAGGACCAGUGACCAGAGACUGGCUCUGCUGAACCUCACAGACCCAGACGAUUUGCAGAAGACACAGAAUUACUCUGUUGCCUAAGUAUGAACAAGGUUUCUCCUCAUCAGGUACAAGCCGCAGCAUGUGAGGAGUAUACCAAAUUCAUCUGCUCCACAUUUUUGAUGGUCUGUGCUUUUCCGGAGGAGGAAAGAGUAGAGGACUGACGGGAAGAACAAGCUCAGUGUUGUGCUGCUCUGCUUGUUUUGAUGCUACCUCAACCUUAAACCAAAUCAAUGCUUGGAUGGAUGAUGAUAAAUUGUUUAAACACAAGAGAGUCACAAGACUGGGUUUCUAUGAUGCUAUACAGAGGCAGCUGGACUUGUUGUUUCACUUCUCAUCUGAGAGGCUUCUGUAACUUAGCUGAGCUGCUUGUUCAAUGCCCUUUCUGAUCUGACAUUGACGUCUGUCCUGGGUGAUCCGAUCAUGCAUGACCACAUUCUUACAACAGUGUCAACAUGUGUCCUGUGCCACGUUUAAGAACUGCUUAUUACUCAACUGACAUCAUCUGGCCACGGACAGUUUCAUAAUAAACCCAAAAAUAUUUUACACUUGUCAGUAUUUCGCAGGAUUUGACAUAUUUGAAGUCGGCAGUUUGAUUAUAUCGAUUAAAAAAAAGAUCUAUUUCAACACCCAUCCUAUUCAAUCAUUCACCUUCUCACCAACAUAUUUACAAUAGACUGGCUCAAAACAACACAACAUGUUUGGUCCCAUACAGAUGUUUGUUUGAAUUCGUGUGGAGACACGUUUUCAUACCAGAUUGGAACUGAACCGAUCUGUCCACUUCUGUUCAAAUCACCAGAGGCCCAUGUUAAUACCAGGUGUAAACGUGGCUCCAGAGAGUUGUUGAAGUCACAUGUGAGCUGCUGACUCUUCACAGACAUGUGACCUGUGAUUUAGCUUGGCUGUUGAAACUAACUUACCUCAGACUGCUGAAGUAAACUCAUUCUUUUGUUGCGGAAACAUAAAUGGGAAGCACAGAGCACUUUCUGUCUCACUACUGAACAGUGCUUUCACACUGAUCUUACAGAGCGAUGUAAAGGGCUGCUCUAUAACUGCUUAGUAGACAAUCAUAACACUAGCAAUGUUAGUCUGUGUAACUCUGCUCUACUUCUAGAUGUAUAUAUUUGUUCAAAUCUGUUGUUUUAUAACUGCCACACAGUUUGCAAAGGUCAGGCUUCUACAGCUGUUACAGAAUAAUACAGAACUGUUUUUUUGAAUCAUUUCUUAUUUACAUUUAUGACUUAAGAACCUGUUAGUGUGCAGUUAAAAGUGCUCUUUUCAUAUAUUUAUUUGUUUCUUGCCUUAACAGAAACACAUAAAAUCUGGAUUCCAUGCUGAUGGUAGACUUUGCUUUGCUAUCCCUGUGAAUUCCCUCUGUAAAUGGUAGCUAAUUUAUGAUGGCCUCUCAAAUGGGAUUUCAAGAUUUGGGAUUUUAAUGGAAUUGUGUUGCAGGGGGGAUUUUAGUUUUGCUCUGUUGACUGAAUUUGAAUUAUAUUUUUAAAUAUACAUUCCAAACACAGUUGAAAUGGGGAACUAGUGAAAGACGAGCCUUGGCUAAUCAUGAAGCCUCUGUCAUAUACACACUUAAACAGGAAACCUUUGUCAUCAGUAAAGGGACUUUGUACUCUGUGCUUUGUUCAGGAUGCCUUGCUUUGUGUAGUGUGCCUUUGUGAUCAUUUAACAGCUAUGAAACUUUCGUGCUGUAGGGAGAUUAACUCUUACUCCCAUGCUGCCACAGGCUCUGCUGAGUACUGUUCAGUGUUUAGUCUCUAUCUCCAACCCUUGAACACAUAUUCAGCUUCACAAAUCUAAUAAGCUCCAGACAUCAGGGUAGACUCUUCUCUGUGAAUGCUUUUCUUCAGUAAAACCUUAUCACUGUUGAGAGUUGGUGUAAAUGCCCAGAGCCUUAAAAUCACUGAUGAGAGCAUUAUCUGUUUAAUUUUGGAGGAUUUAUGUCACAUGGUCUGUAAAAAUGCUGCAUAUUGAAUGUUAGACAGGAGAGCUUCUAUGCAAGGCCAGCGUCUGAUCUACAGGACGCAAACUUGAAAAAACCUUGUUCUUGCUGCUGCUUGUUCUGACCUUCAAAUUACAGGACGCGGUGAAGAUAUUACACAGAUUUUUAGAUUUCAAUAUGUUUAUUGUCACUGAGCUCAAUAGUGACAUUUUUACUGUAUUUAUCAGUAAUCGGACAAUGCUCUCUAUUUAUGGGGACCUUUUAUUACUUCUAACUAUGCCAGUGCUUUGCCUGUCAUGACAGAAACACAUCUUUUAUCUGUUCACUGUCAUUUAGUAUUUAAGGCCUCAAGAUUUACACAACCUGAUUUACAAAGGGAACAUCCUCAUUCGGUGGAUUUCUGAGUCUACUGACAAGUGCUGAGAUAAUCGGUCCGAGCUAAGAUAUUAAAUCACUAAUUUCUAACUGUAAAUGUAGCAGCGACUCUGUAAGUGUAUGAGCCAUUGUGUUCAAAUAGGGAAUUGUUCAGAGGAUGUUUUUGACUUAGAGGCAAGGGUUCACAGUUUUGUCAGUGUUAGGAAUUCAAUUUUGUAAUCUUAAUGUUUUUCUACCGAUAAGGCACUAGCACAGGAAGUAUCCAGCCUGGAAUAUGAUGUUAAAUCUUUCUUUUCACUUUAUUCGUCAGUAAAUUGAAAGAGUAUUCUUUACAGCUUCUGUCUCUAUAACAUAAACACAGUUUUUCAUUGGAAACUACUGAAUGAGAAAAAUAACUAUUUGUGACCUGAUUUUAUAAAAAUGUUAUGAAACGUUUGGGAUGAUGGUCUAUGUCACUGGUCUGGUUUCUAUUGCUUCUUGCUGCUGUACAGAAUUUUGUAGAACAAAUAUUGGUAUUUUUUUAUACCAAUUAUUUGAAAAAGAGACUAUGACUACA